AUGCAUUUCUGUACUCAUUGGCACGAUUGGUUUUAUCAAGAGCCCGACGCGACGGUGGACCCCGCCGGCGCCGCAGCACGCAGGCGCAAGCCCCGCGAUCGACGCCGCUCCCCGGCCGCGGCGCCGCCGUCGACGCCGCAGAGGAUCUCCGCCGAGGAACUAGCGGAGGCCCUGCGCCCGCACCUGCUCUCGCCGAAGCGGAUGUGGGCCCUGGGCUACCCCCUCGAGAUCGAGCCCAACUCCUGCAAGGCGGUGGUGUACGUGAACCCGCCGCCGCGCCCCCGGCUUCACUUCACCUCCUUCGACGUGAACGCCCCUGAGUUUGUCCCGGGCGGCUCGCAGGGCGACAGCGGCCGGGGCUCGCUGGGCUCCUCGCCCCGCUCCGACAGCGACGAAGAAGCGGAUGCAGUGGAACACUUGUGUGUGCGUUGUGAUAAAACGUUUAGAAUGACUCGCGAAGGUGAAUACGUAGUGGAGGAGAGUUGUGUGUAUCAUUGGGGCAGGAUUGGAGGCGACUCUCGCCACACGUGCUGCGAGGCCCCGCUCGGCUCCAAGGGCUGCACCUCGGCGCGUUUCCACGUGUGGAGCGGGACGAAACCAGGCAUGAACGGGCCCCUCAAGGGCUACGUGCGGGCCAGGUCGCCGCGCGGCGGCGUCUACGCCGUCGACACGGAGAUGUGCUACACGACGGCCGGCCUCGAGCUCGCCAGCAUCGCGGUGAUCGCCGCCGACGGUCGCCUGGUCUACAGGUCGCUGGUGAAGCCCAGCUCGCCGGUGGUCGACCACAACACUCGCUUCUCGGGCAUCAGGCCGCGCGACUUGGCGCGCGCGACCAAGACGCUGCGAGACGUGCAGAACGACAUCCUCGGCUUCGUCGGGAGCGACACGAUCCUGAUCGGGCACGCGCUGGAGAACGACUUGAGGGCGCUCAAGCUGCUGCACAGCGCGGUCGUGGACACGUGCGCUCUGUACCCUCAUUCGCGGGGGUUCCCUCUGCGGCGAUCGCUCCGGGCGCUGUCGCAAGAGCUGCUCGGGCGGAGCGUGCAGAGGAGCAGCUCCGGCCACUCGCCGUUGGAGGAUGCGCGGGCGGCCAUGGACCUGGUGCUGCUAAAGGUGCACGAGGAGCGCGCGCAGCGGCACCGCGUUGCGACUCAGCUGCCGAUUCUGCAGCCGUACGAUCCCCUCAUCAGCGCCGCCUGA